UCAGCUCUAGCCUUUGCCAACUCUCCAGCUUGUCUGGUUGUCCUCCAGCUCCAGUGGCAUUUUACAGCCUUCACUGUACAGUCAGCUCACCCAGCUGUCUAAUAAAUUAUAAAAUAAUAAACAAUUAAUUUUGAAAAUUCACCCGCUAAUUUAAACAUUGUCGUGAUAAAUCAGUAUUACUUAUUACCAAUAAAUUUAAAUAAAUUAUUUAAAUAAAUGUCCCGCCCUUUUAUAUUAUUUAAAUAACAAUACUCGUAUUAUAAAUAGUGUUGUUUAAAAAUACAUACUUUUAAAUAAUUAAAUAACUAAUUAAUUAAUUAAUUAAUUUUAUCAAGUGAUUUAAAUAAUUAAUCAUAAUAAUAAUAAAUAAAAUUUUAAAUAAUAAAUAUGUGUUGGGUUAAAAAGUGAAUUUCUCUUGUGUUGUGAUAACAGAAAAAUAAUUAAGAUGACUGGAUUUUCAUUAAUUACGUUGCGCCUUGGAUUAUUCACCGCCAUUUUAAGUAUUGCCAUAGCUACUGCCAGCAAUAACGUAAAUGAGCCACCGAUAUUCGAUGCGGGUGGUUACCCCCUUGGUCUCCCAAUGUCCGAGGCAACUGCAGUAGGCACCAAAGUAUUCACGCUCAAGGGUCACGAUCCCGAGGGGUCGGAGGUUAAAUAUGGAAUCCAAUCAACUGACAAAUUCACCGUCGAUCCAACAACCGGAAUCAUAACUCUCGCAAAACCAUUAGAUCGGGAGGAAAAUGACACAAUAAAAUUUUUAGUAAGCCUUGAAGAUCGUGUACUUGAAGGCCAACAGCCAAAUAUUGUUGGCGUUGAAGCAUACGUUAUUGUACUUGACGUUAAUGAUAAUCCACCAAAAUUUUCUGGAACUCCUUAUGAAGCAGUUGUCAGUGAGGAUACACCUAUUGGCACAACAAUAUUACCAGGCAUACGUGUAACUGAUCCAGAUUUACUUGGUGAAAAUAUUGAGUUAAUUUGUGUUACACAACCCCAGUUUCCUGACGCCUGUAAUAAAUUUGGUAUUGUUGAUGUGGAGAAGAGUGAAAACACAUAUGUAGGGGCUCUUGUAUUACGUGAGCCACUUGAUUACAAGCAAAGACCCUUCUAUCAAUUAUUAUUACGUGCAAGUGAUGGAACAAACAAUGAAACAACAGGAGUUGAAAUAAAAGUAACAGAUGUACAGAAUAGUCCGCCAGAAUUUCUAAAUUCAUUAACGGGAAUUGUGUAUGAGAAUGCGUCUAUUGGUACACUUGUUAUGACUGUAAAAGCACGGGAUGGCGACCGAGGAAUCCCGCGUAAAAUUGUUUAUGAAUUAGUAACCAAUCCAUUUGAUUACUUCUUAUUGGAUCCAAUCAGUGGUGAAUUGCGCACGGCGAAACCUUUGGACCGUGAAGCUCUUGAAAAUUCAACGGGAGUAUUGAAUCUAAAAAUCAAAGCCCGUGAAGUAGUAAAUGGGGUUCCUGGGGAUGAUGAAACGACAGUUUCGACUGCUGAGGCAACAGUUACGAUAAAAGAUGUGAAUGACGAGCCACCGACAUUCAAUAGACGUGAGUACAGUGUCGAGAUACCAGAAAAUGUCCCAAAUGGUAUGCCUUUACCACAUCUUGAUAUGACUGUCAAAGAUCCUGAUUUGGAUCUUGGAGCAGAGUUUAGUUUAAAGCUCGAAGAUAUUUCCGGUGCGUUUAUGAUCGAACCUCAGCAUGCAACGGGCAGCACGUCUGUAACGAUUCGUGUUUCUAACGCGUCCCUAGAUUACGAAAAUCCGAAUCAGCGUAAAUUUAUCCUCCUUGUUAUCGCGACUGAGGAAAAAACGGCCUCAAAAUUUUCGUCAACUGCCACAGUGACAGUAGCCAUCAAAGAUAUGAAUGACAAUGCACCGUCAUUCAGUAGCGCGACUUACACAGCCAUUGUUUCGGAAACUGCAGCACCGGGUACAAAUAUCGCGACAAUACGCGCUAGCGAUCGUGAUAGUGGACGUUUUGGUACCGCCGGUAUUGUUUACCAAUUAAUGGGCCAAGGUUCCGAGCACUUCAGUGUUGACAAACAUAAUGGUACAAUAAGCGUUGCUGCUUGUCCAUCACCUGGAACCUCACCGUGCUUAGAUUUUGAAGAGCAAAGUGAAUAUUUUCUUAAUUACAAAGCAACUGAUGAUGAUGGAGAAGGUCAAACUACAACCGUUUCAUUGCGAAUAUCUUUAGCUGACUCCAAUGACAGCCCGCCACAUUUUUUGCAGGACAAAUACCGUGCGGUAAUUGAUGAAGGCUCUAAUAAAUUUGAUCCUGAGCUAAAAGUUCAAGCGCGUGAUCGUGAUAAGACUUCCAAAAUCACAUAUUCCAUUGCUGAAGGCAAUGAAAUGGGUUUUUUUAAUAUCGAUUCCAAUAGCGGCGAAAUCACAAUAUCUGACAAUGGGCCAGUUGAUUUGACGAACUCAAGUCAAGAUUGGAUCGCUUUGACUGUGGAAGCCACUGAUGGGACUUACUCAGAUACCGCAGUGGUAAAUGUAACAGUGCGUGAUGUUAAUAACAAUGCACCGGCAUUCUUACAAGACGUUUACACGGCCAGCGUACCAGAAAUAUCGCCUCUAGGGACUGCAGUAGAAGAGCUGGUGGCCACUGACGCUGACAGUGGUGUCAAUGCAGAACUUAAGUAUCGCAUUCAGAAGGGCGCUUUCGAUGAUUUCGUUAUCAAUGAAACUACAGGAUUGGUCACUGUCUCAGGUAAAUUGGAUUACGAUACGCGCAAUGCUUAUCACAUUGAAGUGAUCGUUUUAGAUGGAGGAAUCCCUAGUCUAACAGGAACUGCAACUUUGAUGAUAAAAGUUGAAAACAAUAACAACAAACCACCAAAUUUCGAACCUAUGACCCAGAGAGCCGAAGUGACUGAAGACUCGCCAGUAGGAACUGUGUUUACUAGUCUGAAAGCCAAAGAUCCUGACAGUACUACAGUAGAUGCUUUGAAAUACUCAAUUACUGAACCAAUAACGGCAAUUGACAAAAAUGGUCAGUUGGUAACAAAUGCGACGGCAUUCAAAGACUUCUUUGCCGUAGAUCCCAAGACCGGACAGGUUUCUGUUGUCCGACCACUUGAUCGCGAAGUAGCAGCUACCGUGAGCCUUAAUGUUGUAGUCACUGACACCAGUGCCAAAGUACUUCAGCAAGGGGUCGGAACCCUCGUGGUAACGAUUAUCGAUGUUAAUCACGAAGCGCCCGAAUUCUUGAAACCCUGGACACGUGAAAACCCUAAAUACGUGAUUGAAAUGCAGGAAGAACAACCAACGGGCGCCAUUGUCGGUGCAUUCACUGCCACGGAUGCUGACAGUAAUAUCGCGGGUUACGCUAUCGAACCUCCUAGUUCCUACUUCAAUAUCGACAAUGUCACAGGCAUAGUCCGAACUAGUCAGGUAAUCGAUUACGAAGAGACUAAGUCCCUGGAGUUCAAUGUCGUCGCUUAUGACUCUGGAUUCCCCCAGCUCUCAUCAACCGCCAAAGUUACAGUAAAUGUGAUUAAUGUUAAUGAUCAAGAUCCAAAGUUUGAAAAAGAGUCUUACCAGGUUUCCGUGAAAGAAAAUUCACCUCCAGGCACCCACGUGACCGUUGUCAAGGCAUUAGAUGCUGACGAAGGUGUUUUUGGUGAAGUAAGCUACAGUCUAAUUGGAGAACAUGCUUCGGAUUUCAAUAUAGGCCAUGAUACAGGUGAAAUAACAGUAGGAAGUGCUACGGUGUUAGAUCGUGAAGAAAAGUCUGAGAUGACUAUUACAGUAAUGGCGAGUGAUGGCGGUCCUCUUAAUUCCCGCAGGUCCACGACCGCGCAAGUGGUCAUCAAUCUCGAGGAUGUCAAUGACAACAAGCCGAUCUUCACUCAACACAGCUACCGAGCAUCAGUAGCUGAAAAUCUUCCCAUAAACCCACCGGCGACUAUUCUCCAGGUUCACGCAGCAGAUCCCGACGAGGAUCUUAACGGUGACGUUUGGUAUAAAAUAGUCAGUGGCAAUGAAGACGGUUCGUUUAAUCUCAAUCCCGAAACAGGAUUCCUUUAUCCAGCGGUGAUGCUGGUCGGUCGUGCUGGUAGCUAUCGGAUCGAAGUCGAGGCACGAGAUGGCGCUGGUCAUGGUCCUCAUGCUGAUCGCGCUUACGUCGACAUCCGCGUCAUUCCUGUGAAUCAGCACAAACCAGAAUUCAUUAUGCCCGAAUUGCCGAACGCUACCGUAGAAGUUCCUGAGAAUGCUGGAGUACCAAAUUAUCUUGUCAUGACAGUACGAGCUGUCGAUAAUGACCCAGGUGAAAACGGGCGUAUAAGUUAUCAUCUAAAAGUGGGUAAUCGAAAUGUCCAGGAGAAUGAAGAGUUUUCAAUCGAUUCCGAAACCGGAGAAUUACGUGCCAAAAUAAUUCUAGACCGUGAGGUCAAAAAUAAAUUUGAAUUAGUCUUAGUUGCUACCGAUCAUGGCAGUCCGACUUUCUACGAAACUUUAAGGCUUCUUACUAUUUUAUUGGUUGAUACUAAUGACAAUAUACCGCAAUUUUAUGACGACUAUCAUUUUACGAUCCCGGAAAAUCGACCCAAGGGUUACGUAGUGGGACAAGUAAUGGCCGAAGACAAAGACGAAGGGCGGCAUGCGCGUGUCUAUUAUUACAUUGAAUCGGGCAAUGAAGACCGGUCAUUCUAUAUCGACAAAUCUGACGGGACUAUUUACGCCAACAAAUCAUUCGAUCGUGAAUUACGCGAUAAAUAUAUGCUAACAAUUCUCGCGGCUAAUGAUCCCGACAUUUACAUUAGUGACUCGAAUAAAUUUACAACCGACUACGGACACGUUAACGUGACCAUUAACAUCCUCGAUGAAAAUGACAACCCCCCGGAAUUCGAACGCUCGGAUUAUUAUGCCGGCAUUAAUUCAAUGGCUAAUGUUAAUGAUUUGGUGGCUAAGCUCACUGCUACUGAUCUGGAUCUCGGCGAUAACGGAACCUUACACUAUUACGUUGCUAGUGCUAACUUGUACAAGUACGGAUCGGAUAAACCGUCGGGAUCGAUUGUACCCAGUCCAUUUAAUGUCAGUCAAGAUGGCAAAUUGGUCACCAGUGGAUACAUGGCUGAGUAUAAUCAAGAUAGGUUUAUUGUCGAGGUUAUUGCCAAGGAAACUGCCAGUCCAGAACGUUAUGCGAUGGCUCGUGUUCAUGUAUGGGUUUUCGAGCCAUCACAGCUAAUACGAGUAAUAUUAUCCCGGCCACCUGAGGAAGUUAAUCGUCAACGCGAUGAAAUAGUGACAGAGUUAUCAAACGCAACCCAAAGCCGGGUGGUAGUUGAUGAAAUAAGAUACCACGUUGACUCCUCCGGGCACAUACGUCGCGAGUGGUGCGACAUGUAUCUACACGUCGUCGACACCAAAACUCAAACUAUCACACUAGUACCACAAGUACUCAAGGCAAUCGACGCCAAGUACGACCUUCUCAAAGAAUACUACAGCGGUUUUGCUAUUGAAAAUGUUGUACCGGCGUAUGGAGCAGUACAAGAAGAAUCAUUUGACCCAGCAUUAGCAGCACUCAUUGCACUAUUAGUUGUAUUACUAGUUGGUGCCGUUACUGUAACUGUUGUUUGUUGUUGCUUACGACAUUGGGUCAUCACUGUGCCAAAUGAUAUCCGUAAAAAAGAUGGAUUAAUAAAGAAACAAAUAAUCGAUGAGUUGAAUACUACAGAAAAUCCACUAUGGAUUGAACAGAAAUUAAAACUUUAUGAAGAGCAAGAACUUACAAUGCAAGUAUUCAGUGAACCAGAAGGCGGUUUGACGACAACCAAUGAACGACGCGGCAGUAAUGGUGGCUUAAGUGUCGGAAUAGGUGAUACAUCGCAGGACAAUACUUACGCAACUAUUCAACACCCACUUCAGGGUUGUAAUAGGCAUCGCUCUACAACACCUGAUUAUACGACACUACCGGGCAAUCACAAUUUGUACGAAUCCGCGAUGGGUUUCCAAGGCUCGACAUUCCAACCAUCGACAACAGUCGUGCCUCAAUUGACACUAGACCGUGAUGGUCAACCACAAUUUGUGUCGGGUUUAAUUUAAGAACUUUUUUUUAAUUUUUAACUAAUUGAUAAAAGUAUGCAUUAAUCAAACCAGUGCAUUAAUCAAGUCAUUUUCAUUGUUAAGAAAGCGAUAAAUGGAAUAGAAGAUUAACAUUCAUUUUUUCAUAGUGUCUGGGAUAAAAUGGAUGACUUUUAUUUUUAUGAAAAAAUUAAUUUUCGAGUACUCGGUAAUUAAUUUCGAGUAUUCAUUCUUCCUACUUCAAGCAGGGUAAAAACAAAUAUUUUUAUCAUGGUCAGCAAAUAAUUUCUAGCAGAAUACGUACCCACAAGCCUAUAUAUAAAAUCCAAAAUUUUUAAUCAAAAAUAAAUGGUCCAAAUUUCGAAAAAAAUACAUUUUUUGAAUAUAUCGAUAUGGGUACUCAUUUUACAAGAAAUUUCAAGCCCGUUAACAUAAAAAUAUUUAUUUUUGUCUUGUCACCAACCACGAACACUAAAAUACUUCAAUUACUUAUUUUAUGUAUUCGUUUUACUUGCACUUCAAGUAAGAUAAAAAUAUGUAACUUAACCUUAACCUUAUUCAGAAAAAAAUUUCCAGUAAAAAGAGUACCCACAAGCCCCUAUUCAAAACUCAAAAAUUUUUCUCAAAAUUACAAAAUUAAUUUUCAAAAAAAUAAACUUUUUUUUAAAUAUAUCGAUGUGGGUACUUAUUCGACGGGAAAUUUCAAGCUCUAUAUCAUGAAAAUUAUUAUUUUCUUCCCUCACUUACGAUAUUGUCGAGCAAUCAAAAAAACAAGUCAUUUAUUUUAUUCCACUCAUAAACAAUUCACAUCAUCUUUGUACGUAAUCCAUUUUUUGUACAACAAUUAACUCUCUAUUCAAUUAAACAAUUAAAUAAUUAAUAACAUAAUAUUGCAUAUACUCAAUAUUAAAAUUAAAAAAAUAAUUAAGAGUAAGAAAAAAAUUACGAAAAAUUAAUAAUUAAUUAAUUAAUCAGUAAUAAUUAAAAAAAAAUUAAAUAUAAUUCGCAUUAAAAUGACUACGACAAUAAUUGGAUCUUAUGGUCGAUAAAUGCGAUUAUUUAUUUUUAUUUAUCAAUUAAAAUUAAUUUUUAAUUAACAAAUGUGAUUAUUGAUUUAAAUAAAUACGUCGAUAGAUAGAUUAGCCGAUAAUUUUAUAAAUAUAAUUUAUA